GAGAAAGGCAAGCCUGGUGGCGGGAAGUUUUUAUUGGAGUGGGGCUGAAAGGGGAGAAAUUUGGCUUUCCAGUUCGACUUUAGAAUGGCAUCCAUUUCAGCUCUGAGUGAGGAACUGGAUUCUAUAACGAGUGAGCUACAUGCAGUAGACAUUCAAAUCCAGGAACUUCUGGAAAGGCAGCAGGAGCUCAUUCAGAAAAAAAACGUGCUAACGAAGAGAAUAAAGCUGUGUUUAGAGGGUUCUGAAGCUGGGGAGAGCAGUGAAUGUGACUCUUCACCUGCCUCUUGGAAUAAAGAAGAUUUUCCAUGGUCUGGUAAAGUUAAAGAUGUUCUACAAAAUGUCUUUAAACUGCAGAAGUUCAGGCCACUUCAGCUCGAAACUAUUAACGUCACAAUGUCUGGAAAGGAGGUAUUUCUCGUUAUGCCUACAGGAGGGGGAAAGAGUUUAUGCUACCAGUUACCAGCAUUGUGUUCAGAUGGUUUUACUCUUGUGAUUUGCCCACUGAUCUCCCUUAUGGAAGACCAGUUAAUGGUUUUGAAACAAUUAGGAAUUUCAGCUACCAUGUUAAAUGCUUCUAGUUCUAAGGAGCAUGUGAAAUGGGUUCAUGCUGAAAUGGUAAAUAAAAACUCCAAGCUAAAGCUAAUUUAUGUGACUCCAGAGAAAAUUGCAAAAAGCAAAAUGUUUAUGUCAAGACUAGAAAAAGCCUAUGAAGCAAGGAGAUUUACCCGAAUUGCUGUAGACGAAGUUCAUUGCUGUAGCCAGUGGGGACACGAUUUCAGACCUGAUUAUAAGGCUCUUGGUAUCUUGAAGCGGCAGUUCCCUAAUGCGUCGCUAAUUGGACUGACUGCAACAGCGACCAGUCAUGUUUUGAAGGAUGCUCAGAAAAUAUUGUGCGUCGAAAAAUGUUUUACUUUCACGGCUUCUUUUAAUCGACCAAAUCUCUAUUAUGAGGUUCGGCAGAAGCCCUCAAACACUGAAGAUUUUAUUGAGGACAUUGUAAAGCUCAUUAAUGGAAGAUACAAGGGGCAAUCAGGAAUCAUAUAUUGCUUUUCUCAGAAAGACUCUGAGCAAGUUACAAUUAGUUUACAGAAACUGGGGAUUCCUGCAGGUUCAUACCAUGCCAAUAUGGAACCAGAAGAUAAGACCAAGGUUCAUAGAAGAUGGUCAGCGAAUGAAAUUCAGGUAGUUGUGGCAACAGUUGCAUUUGGUAUGGGAAUUGAUAAGCCAGAUGUGAGGUUUGUUAUUCAUCAUUCAAUGAGUAAAUCUAUGGAAAAUUAUUACCAAGAGAGUGGCCGAGCAGGUCGAGAUGACACGAAAGCAGAUUGCAUUCUGUAUUAUGGCUUUGGAGACAUAUUCAGGAUCAGUUCAAUGGUGGUGAUGGAAAACGUGGGGCAACAAAAGCUUUAUGAGAUGGUGUCCUACUGUCAAAACAUACACAAAUGUCGCCGUGUAUUGAUAGCUCAACAUUUUGAUGAAGUAUGGAGUCCAGAAGCAUGUAACAAAAUGUGUGAUAACUGCUGUAAAGAGAUUUCAUUUGAAAGAAAGAAUGUAACUGCAUACUGCAGGGAUCUUAUUAAGAUCCUGAAACAGGCCGAGGACCUGAAUGAAAAGCUCACUCCACUAAAACUGAUCGACUCUUGGAUGGGAAAGGGUGCCUCAAAAUUGAGAGUAGCAGGCCUUGCUCCUCCCACACUUCCUCGUGAAGACCUGGAGAAAAUCAUUGCACACUUUCUCAUACAGCAGUAUCUCAAAGAAGACUACAGUUUUACAGCUUAUGCUACCAUUUCAUAUUUGAAAGCAGGACCUAAAGCUAAUCUUCUGAACAACGAGGCACACGUUAUUACCAUGAGAGUAAAGAAGCCCACGCAGAACUGUUUCAGGACUGAAUCACCUCAAACUUGUCAUUCUGAAGGAACUGAUAAAAAGAGGAAAGAAAAAACUCCAAGUAACUUCCUGAAGAGAUCUGCAAACAUGCUUCAGCAACCGGAUUGUAAGAAUACAGGGGCUAAGAAAAGAAAAAUUGAUAAUGCAUGA